UAAAAUAUUAUUUUAUUUGUAAUGAAAGAAAAUAACUAAUGAAUAUUUACCUAUGCCUGCUAAAGGAAAUGUUAAGAUAUGAAACUGGAAAUAAUUAUAGUUACAUAUUACCAGAAGAAAGGGUCACGAUUACUGACUUGCAUGAUUUAUUGAAUAAUCAGUUUUAUUGGAAAAAGAAAAGAAAAAGAUCCAUAUAUAUAUAUACACAUAUAUAUGAUGCUAAUGAACAAUAUAUAAAUAUUUCAAAUUUGUACUAUGAUGUGAUUUAUCAAAACAUAUGGACUAUUCCCAACAAUGGGCCAUUCAUACUUGGAGUUGCGCCAAUAUGGGCGCUGUCAAAUAAUUUUAUGCAAUGGAAUCGCAUAUAGGAGUUGCUAACAAACAGUAGUGUAUGAAAUACAUAUAGUUUGUGUCAAAAGAAGAAAAAUAUAAGUGUGUUGGAUUUCAACUCAACGUACUUUAGUCAGUUUAUAUACUUCUUACAAGUACCAAAUAAAAAAGUAACAAACUCUGAUACACAAAAGAGAAGAAUUGAUAAAUGCUUACCAGAACUUUUAGACCCUACAAUUAAAAUUCAUAAAGAAAGUUGUAGUACCUGUCAAUGUGACGAUAGUAAAAUAAAAACACCUAAUUUAUUGAAUAGUAACAAAGCUACAACUGUCUAUCAGUUCUACAAAAAAUAUGUAAAAAUGAAAGCUUAUUGAAAAGGGGAGAAGAAAUCCUUGUAAUAUUAUGAUUGUUUUCAUCACUUGCCAAAACAAUCCAAUAUACAGAGUAUUGUAUGAUACAAAUCUCUAUCUGACAUUUUGGAGUACUGUAGAAAUAUUUACAAUUUUCAACGUGUUUUUAACGAAGAUAAGUUAUUUAACUUAAUUAAAAACUUGCAAGAUAAUAAAAAGGAUAAAGUGAAAAGCUGUCCAUAUUUCAAACACAAAAAUAUCUUAAAAAAUUGUGCCAUUUUAGAUUGAACAAAUCAUCCCUUUGAUAUAGGAAACUGUUAUAACACAAAGUACAAGAAAAUAAGCUAUGGUUUAUUAGAAUUUUUGGAUCCAUGUAAUUUAUCUGAUAAUAAAAAUUAAAUAUUACAUAAAAUUUCAAAAUACAAUUUAUGUAAAAAUUUUCAAACAAAUCCAGAUUGUAUAAUAAAUGAAUGUUUAGAGCAAGAAAGGUUUUGCUUAGAUAAAUGUUUGAAUGAUAAAACUUCAUUGUUUCCAUGUAUCAAGAAAGAUCUUUCUUUUUCAUAUUUGUCUGUAAAUAUAAAACAUAUUAGUAUUAAAAGUGAAUCUUAUUCAGACAAAUAAAUAAGUGAAGAAUAUUAUUUUGCAAGUGUUUUUAAAUCAAUAUUAAGUAAUUGGAAAAGUUUCAAGAUGUCUGGACAAUAUCCAGGACAUAGCCGACCUCCAGUUGGUACACCUCCACCUCAGACAGUUUGGAAUCAUCUUACAAUGACUCAAGGUCAAGUUUCAGGUUUAAACAUUCAUCCAACAGCUUUGUCAGGUGCUGCAUUAAGUCCAGCUGGAUUUUAUACACAUCCGUCUAUGGCAAGAGCACCUCAACUUACACCUCAACUUGCACAUACUCAAGCACUUCCAACAUGGCACACACCAACUGUUCCAUCAAAAAGUGUUACUCCAGCCAAUACACCAGGGAAUCCUUUAUUUAGUUUACAAAUGCUAGUAGACAAUAGGCAGAAUCAAAAUCAGUAUAGAAAUUCACCCAGUUCUCAAAAUACAUUAGAUUUAUCUUCUACAUCAGAAAUUAUUCCUGAAAAUUACUCACGAAUAUCUCAAGAUAUUCCGAUAAGUCUGACUGCAAGAAAUGUAGACAAGGGUAGUAGAAAUGGAAAUAUAAUUUCUCCCCCAAUACCUUUAAAUGGAGAAACUUCAUCAGACAGUGGAAUUAGUUCUUCAGUUCCAACGCCUAAUUCCGUUAGUGAACCAGUCUCAUUAUCGACAAAAGAAGUUACAACGCCUAAAAUAACAGUAAAAAAUUUUGAAAGCAAUUUAAAGGGCGUGGCAAAUCUUCAUGAUAAAAUAAAGGAAAUAAAUGUAGAUAAUUUUACACAGAAAGUUAUAAAUUUGCCACCCAGUGUAACAAUUGAAAGGGUAGUUCCAGAGAAAAAAGAACCAGAGGUUGCAAAAAGUAAAGAUACAUUAAGUGUUAUUGCACAAGUGCCAAGAAAUGUUUUGCCUGUAAUUGUGAAUCUUACUUCUAAAACCGAUAAAGACGUAACAGAUAGUUCAAAAACUGAAUUAUCUUCAGAACAGGAUCGGAAAGUUGAAGAAGCAAGUGUAAGAUCACCUAAAAGUUUACCAAAAAGAGGUAAAAAGGGUGUAGACUCCCUUUUAGAAAAAUUAGAAGGUGGAAAUAAAAAACUUGGUAGUGCUGAAAAUAUUGGAUCUGUUAUUGUAAUGCCAGUAGACGAAAAAGAUACAUCAAGUGUUAAAAGUAUGUCCCCUGAUAGACAAAAAUCGAAAUCUCCAAAUAGAGAAGAUGAAGUAGUAUCUCCUACAUUCAGUAAUGAUGAUUCCAAUGAUAAUACUAAACAACGCAGAAAAAGAAAAUUAGAAAAGCCAGUACGACUUAGUAAAGACUCAAAAACAGAAGUAGAGGAUAUGGAAUUAGAACCUACAGAACCAGUAGAACUUAGAAUAAAUGAAUCAGUACCAGAAGAAGUAACGAGCGCGAUUCCAAUUGUAAAAUUAGAAGAUAAUGAACGUAUUACUACAAUGGAGAAUAGAAUAUCUGAAAAAGUAGAGGAUACUAUAGGAGAAAGAAUUGAAGAAAAUCAACCAAUUAGAAGGCGUAGAAGUAGUGACAAUAUACCUCCUAGUUCAACACCUUCAAAUCAGAGGGUUAGAAGAAAAUCUAGCGACGAUGCUACUGAAUUUGUAAAAAUAAUGAGUCCAAAGGCUGUAAAUAAUACAAAUCCAUUUAAUGAAGUUGAAUCUGAACUUGAAAAAAUGUUUGCUGGUAUUGUUGAAACAGAAGCAGAUGUUAAGAAGGAAGAACCCGUGACAGAAUUUACAAAAUCUGAGCUUCAAACAAGUAGUACAACAAAAACUGAAAAUCUAGAAAAUAAUGUUCUACACACAAAAGAAUUACAUUGUAUUAAUCCUACUGAUGUUUCAUCUACUGUUGACACAAAAUUAUCCGACAAGAAGGGGAAAAAAACUAAAGUUCAAGCAGGUAAACGAAAAAUUUCAAGAUCCUCUGAAAAUAUUUUUGGAACUGUCGGUAAUGAUACACCACAGAAGGAAAUCAAAAAAAGGAGAUUGUCUAAAAGUUCUAAAAAACAAGGAGCUUCAAAAAGGACGAAGAAAAGUGUUAAAGUAGAUGGAAUAAGAGAAGUAACAUAUGACUCUGGGUCAAAUGCAAGUUCUAUUAGAUCUCGUGGACCAGUAGUUCAUGUUGAAGGUCCUAGAGAUAGUCCACUAAGUAUUCAAGUAGUUAAUGCACCAAGAGAGGAAGAAGAAGAAAAAAGUAAAGAGAAACGAAAAAGUGUGGGAAAUGGCAGUGCAGGAAGGAGUAAGAGACUCAGUCACCAAAAUGAUUUAGAUUAUAGAGGCAAAGUCAGUAGAGUGGGUCUUUUUAGUUCAACGUUGUCAUCACGUUAUGAUGCGCAUACAACAGACUCCACGUGGGUUUGUGUAUUUUGUAAACAAGGUCCUCACGCUGUCAUACCUGGAGAUCCUUCUAGACCACAUCCUAAUUUGGCUGGACCACACAUAGCGCCCGGAAGCUACAUUGUUCCAGCUGGAGUUUUGAGUGAUUUAUUUGGGCCCUAUUUAAUUGGUAAAGAGCGUUUAGAAGAUGGAAUUCUUUCUGCUGAUGAGCAAGAGAUUACUACAGAGCAGAAAAAAGGUAGUAAAAAUAAAAGAAGUUUGAGGUACGCUGGAUUAGCUGAUCAGUUUACUGCAAAAAUGGGUAAAAAGAAACGAAAUUCCGUUGAAAGUAAUACUAACGCUAUAUUUACUGGAAUGACUGUACUUCCUGGAGAAGAACAACGUUGGGAAGUUUGGCUUCAUGAACAGUGUGCCGUUUGGGCAGCUGGAGUAUAUAUGGCAGGUGGUAGAGUGACAGGUUUACAAGAGGCGGUGUGGGAUGCAGCGAAAUCGAUAUGUGAUUCUUGUGGUUUAACAGGAGCAAAUAUUGGUUGUGUUAAACGAGGUUGUAAAGCUGUUACCCAUUAUCCUUGUGCAUUAACAAAAGGUUGGCAUUUGGAUACUAAUCAGUAUAUACCGAAGUGUAACCUUCAUCGAGUUACAUGAAAUUUCGCAUUUAACAACUUUGAGACGUUUUUGAAAUCACACUUUGUAUUAUUCAAUGCAUGAGUGUGUUUGAAAUGUGAAAGUAUAAAUGCCAGAUGUAUAAAGGACAGAUGUAUGGUAAUUUUGCCUACUUUAAAUAUCAAUAUGCUCGAUAGAAAUAUCUUCCAAUGUACAGGAUGUUAAAAAAAUGCCAUUAUUGUCAUUAAGAAUUACAAAUAAAAAUGAAAAUUAACGGAAACGAAGAAAUGUAAUAAUUCUUCUCGUUAAUUAAAUUUAAUUUUCUUGGCCUGUGGCCUUGAACAGUGGCCUUUUCGACCUAAUGUAAAAGCAAGAUUUUUUAAUUUAAAAUUAAAGAUUUACCUAUAAGGUAGAUGAAUCGUUGUUGAGAAACAAUGUUAAUAAAAAAGGUAUUUUCUUUUUUACUAAUAUUUAUGUAACUUAGAAACGUUAAAAGUUUUCCCUAAAACAUCAUGUACGCAGGAACAAAGUAUAGGGCAUAUUGUACCAAAAUUUGAAAAUGAAAAAUUUGGCAAGAAUUGAAAGCACAGACUUUUCCCUAACUGUAUUUGUGUAUAUAAAAUGGAAUCGAUUAUUAAUCAAUUGAUGGAAUUUGAACACUCUUCACACUUUUUAUAAGAAGUGUUAAUAAAAAAUUAUAGAGACAAGUGUUCUCCUGUGAAUGUAAGAAACCACAUGUAAAUAACAAAGUUCUUAUGUACGAAAAAUGAUUAUUAUAUAAUUUCAAUAAUAUUGCAAGACAUUUUUUAGUUUUUUUAAAGUUAUGCUAUUUUAGUAAGCAUGUGUAGUUAUGUUCUUAAUUGCGCGGAAAUACAUUUAGUGUAACGAUACUUAUUUUCACUAUAAUUUUUUUGAAAAUUAUGACAUAAAUCUUAUAUAGGUGUAAAUAAAUAGAUUUUCGCUCAUAUAAUAUUUUCCUUUAUUCCUUUACCUUGUCUAUGUUAUAAUUGUACAUUGAAAUCAUGUUCAUACCGAAGGAGAACGAGCUCACAUGUUUACUUAAAAAGAAAACACUUAUAAUACCGUUAUCAAAAUAAUAUUUUCAAAUUGAAAAUGUACAUUUAUUCUAACAAUAUUAACUCCUCUUUCUUUGUUAUUGUAACUUCGUUAU